AUGUCCCCAUCUGAAUCUGCUAAGAAGAAUGAGAAGAUAAGUGAGGAAGCUACAGUGGAGAGUAAAGCCUUUUCUAUUAGUGUUGAGAAGCAAACGCCUGACCUAGAUGGCCUCAUUGUUGAAGAGUUAUGCAUGGGAAACCCCAACGGCAAGAAAGCUGAGCCUGGCAAAAGGGUAAGUGUCCAUUAUACUGGAAAGCUUCAGGGGAAUGGGAAGAUUUUCGAUUCCACCGUUGGAAAAUCACGUUAUAAGUUUCGUCUAGAUGCUGGAAAAGUCAUUAAGGGAUUGGAUGUUGGCCUUAAUGGAAUGCUUGUUGGUGGCAAAAGAAAGCUUACAAUUCCUCCAGAAAUGGGGUAUGGUGCGGAAGGUGCUGGUAGCAUUCCCCCUGACUCUUGGCUGGUCUUUGAUGUCGAGCUGCUUAAUGUUAAAUAA